AUGGCCUCCCAUAUAAUUUUCGGUCCAAACAACUCUGGAGUUCAGAUUGGCAACCUCAAUGGCAUGGCAAACUUUCACAUUCACGAAAGACCCUCCCAGGCCACGCUGAACCACCAAUGUCUACGAGAUUUGGGAGUGACGAACCCCAAAGAUGACAAGGCCAGGAUUGAAUCAUUCAAGGGUGGGCUGCUUAAAGAGUCUUAUCGCUGGAUCCUGUCCAACCCAGAGUUCAUUCAAUGGCAGCAGGCAUGUGGAGUGGAUAAAGAGGGGGGCCAUGAAGAUAAUCGGCCCCUUUGGAUAAAAGCGGACCCAGGAAAGGGUAAAACCAUGCUCUUGUGCGGCAUCAUCGAUGAAUUACAAGCCAUAUCUGCUGAUGAUGUAGCCUUAUCAUUUUUCUUUUGUCAAACCGACGAGCCUGAGCUGCGGAGUGCAGCCGAAACUGCUGUCUCAUGUGCGAGAUCGAUGGGAUCGAGAAGAGAGAUCUUUGGAGGUAAAAACUCCUGGGAAGCUCUUUCCGAGAUACUUUUUGAUAUUAUGAAAGACGAUAACUUACAGAGAGUGGUCUUUAUCUUGGAUGCUCUGGAUGAAUGUACGAGUGGACGUUCACAAUUGAUAGACUUUGUGAGAAGAUCAUCUAUAAACCAGAAGGUGAGAUGGAUUGUGUCUAGCCGAGACUGGCCUGAAAUUGAGGAGCAGCUUUUAAUGUCCCGUUGUCUGGUGCUUUCUCUUGAGAUGAACCAAGAGUCUAUUGGGAUAGCGGUGGAUGCAUUUAUCCGUUCCAAAGUUGAUCUACUGGCAAAGCAAAAGAGCUAUGAUUUACAUACUCAAGACAUUGUCGAGUCUUAUCUUACUUCUAAUUCAAGUGAAACAUUCUUGUGGGUGGCGCUGGUCUGCGACCAAUUGAUGGAAACGUCAAGUUGGCGGGUCGAAGAGAAAUUGGCAACAUUUCCCCCUAGCCUCACUCAUUUCUACCAGCGAAUGAUUGAGAAAAUCAACCGAUCAGAGGAGGCAAAGCUUUGCAAGGAGCUUUUAUCAACCUUGUCAACAGUAUUCCGACCAUUGACACUAGACGAGCUUCCAACCUUUGUGACUUUGCCCUCUCGAUCAUCAAGGAACCAUCAGAUCCUAAUGCAUAUAGUCAAGCUCUGUGGCUCAUUCUUAAGUAUCCGAGGAGAUAAGGUACUUUGGAUCCACCAGUCGGCAAGGGAAUUUCUACUUGACAAUCGAUCAUUAUACUCCUCUGAGAUCAAGAAUGAGCACCAAAGGAUCCUACACGCGUGCCUAAAAUUGAUAAAAAGAACAUUGCGACAGGACAUAUAUCAUCUCAAACAUCCUGCUAGUGACUAUGUACACUCAUUUAAGGAGUUCACUUCGCCAACACCUGAUCCAUUGGCAUCAGUCCGAUACGCCUCCAUAUAUUGGAUUGAUCACCUUCUUGGCUGUGAUUUGAUGAUUGAAAGUCUCGCGAUAGCUUCAUUUCUUUCAGAAAAGUUCCUCCAUUGGGUAGAGGCAUUAUGUCUUCUUCGCUGUACUUGGAGGGGGUUCGAAAUGAUGCGAAAAUUGGAGAGCUUGCUCCAGGUCAGUGUUCUCAGCUCCUCUCUCUCUCCACUUCAAACAUUUGAAUGGUUGCGUACUCCUUCAAUUUGGUUGAGGAGACAACUAUAUUACAGCCUGGGAACCCCAUCUUUUCAAGUACUUGGGCCUAGCCAUACAGCCUGCCAUUCCACCGAGCUCUCGAGAUUUGUGACCGAUGCUUGCUUAUUCAUUCAACUUCAUAGAGAAGCAAUCGAGAGGUACCCGCUACAGAUUUAUAGCUCAUGCCUAAUUUUCAGCCCAGACAAUAAUAUUGUCAAGUUGAAGCUUUACGAAAAAGAAAGAGCAAGCUGGCUCAUCAAACCACCGAUCAUACGGCAUACCUGGAAUUCAUCUACCCAUACCAUUGAAACGUCUGGUGGCUCAAUUCUAGCUCUUUCCUGGUCGCAGGAUGGAAAGCAUAUGAUGUAUGUCACUGGAAGCUCUUUCCUAAAAACUUUCGACACCAAUACUGGCCACUGUAUUUCUUCUGUCUUCCUUCAUCAAAUUGAAUCCGCCUUGCGUUACCGAUGUAUGGCCUGGUCGUUUGAUAAAAGCAGAAUCGCAUUCUUGGCACCAGAUAAACUCACGGUAUGGAGCUGUCACACGGGAAAAUGUUUGCAAUCGAUCACAGUAGAUGAUGGUAACCGCCACAUCCCAUCCUCCAUCUCCUGGUCUAAAGAUGGGGAACAGCUCGCGACACUGCAAUAUCAUUAUGAUGAUGAUGAUGAUGAUGAUGAUUAUGGCCCAACAUACAGCCGUCUCAUGGUUUUUGACCUAUUUGAAAGUCAACAUGCCCAUCCUCAGUCAUUCGAGCUACCCGAGCUACCCGAGCAGACAUUAGAACGAGUAUUUUGGUCCCAGUACCAUGAUUGGCUUGUUCUCAUCGGAAGUGGUGAUCCGCCAGCCGUCAAGAUAUGGGAUACCAAUGCCGGGGCACUGGUUAAAAGUAUCGAGUUGGAAAAUCAGUUUGUCGCCUUGAGGGGCGAGAAUGUUGCAUAUUUCGAGUCUCCAGACAGUCAACUUUUGGCGACAACAACGGAAGAUGGCUGGGUCCACCUUUGGGACCUUGUCGAUGGGGAGGCUCUUUCCGCUUUUGAAACUACUGGUGUUGAAAUCCCUGUGAUCGAAUGGUCGCCCGAUGGAGGACAGCUUGCCGUUGCAAGCUCGGAAGGUAUGGAUCUCGGAAUUCGGGAUCCAAGAACUGGAGAGCUUCUCUGCCUUUUUGAAGUGGAAGAGAGUGUUUCGCAAAUAUGCUGGUCUCCCGACAAAAAGCGAUUUGCGUCAUCCUCAUCCGAGCCAUUAAUCAAUAUAUGGGAGCCGGAUUUCUUUAAGAGUUCAUCAUUAUCUGAUAUUUCCGAUUCUGUCUAUGAAAUACUCUGGUCCCCAGACGACAUUCAUCUGGCCACCGUCCACGAGACUGCGGUUCAUAUUUGGAAUGUUGUCACUGAUAAAUUGGUUUCCUCGUUCAAAGGCAUCUUUUUCUCUGGUCACGCCGUUUCUUGGAGUCCCGAUGGCUGUCUUAUUGCAAUAGCUUCAAGGAAUGGAACUAUAAAGAUCUGUCUUGCAGAUAGCGGACAGCUAGUCUAUGAACUGCAUGUGGGACAUCAUGAUCGUCUUGAGUUUCAGUCGAUGGCUUGGUCCAACAGCGGGUCUCAUGUUGUGUCGGUAUCAGCUCAUUGUGAUUUCAGAACUAGUUAUCUUACAGUGCGGGGCUGGAAUCUUGCCGCUGCUGGUGAGCAAUAUAUCGAGAUCCGUCAAGAGGCUAGCCAGGAAUUUGGAAGUAGACUGGGAUAUCCCAAGGACCUCCAAAUAAUGAGCUCGCGAUUCCCCUCUGGUUGGUCCAUUGAUGACCACAAAGUAGCCUUUGCAUGCGUUGAACGAAUACUCAUCUUUGAUCCAGCCACAGGAAUUAUUACGCAAACACUUCAGCAUGGCAGGAACCAUGAUUGGCCUGUCCUAAGUAUAGCAUGGUCACCUCUUGAAAAUCAGUUGGCAUCUGCUUCUGAAACAUUCAUAACCAUCUGGAAUCCAGUCACUGGUGAGUGCCUGAAAAGGCUGGAUUUCGGAGCCCCUUUCAUCCAGUUUGACAGGAUGAGCCCAAACAUUCUGAAAACGCCAUGGGGUACCAUCAACUUAGGCGCAAUGGAACAUGGAUACCAGGAAAAGGAAGUUGAGUCAAGUGCAGAAAAAUCAGGACCAAGGGGUACGGUCCGUGGCUAUGGACUGCUCUCAGAUCAUUGCAAUUGGUCGACUUGGAUCAGUUGGAACGGUGACCCUUUGCUUUGGCUGCCUAUAAAAUGUCGACCUCCUGAUUAUCAAAUUGAUCGCUGCUUCGAUAUUUCAGGAGGAAGGGUGACAAUCGGAAGUGAUUCUGGUCAGGUUUUAGUGUUUUGGCUUGCCCCUGAUCCGACCUCUUUUGUUCCUCUGGCACACCAGGGAUCUGUUGAAAGACGUGUCACGUGA